GUUCGCAGUUCAAUUUCUCCGCAAAUCGUGUCCUUUCUCCCACCAGAGAAUACUUUUGGCGAAGGUUGAUUCCGGCUUCGAGGGUAGGCCACCGCGUCACGUUGGAAAGCCCCGCCGAAGCUCUUCUUUCUCCGUUCUCAUGCCUGGGUCUCGCGGAGAGACAAUUUUGUUCUCCAAAUAGUACGUUCCCAUCCGUGUUUCGGCCGAAGAACUCUCCCCUGCGAUCAGAUUUCUUUGGUGUUGAAGCCUAGAAGAACCGCGAGAAGAAAAGCUACGGUUUUGAUUCCGCACGGUUCGAUGGCGAUGCAUGCAGGGGUUGGACUUUCCAAAGCAGCGAUCUUGAUAGGGGCUGGGUUCACGGGAUCAAUAUUGGUGCGUAAUGGGAAGCUGUCUGAUCUACUAGCCGAUCUACAGAAUUUAUUGAAGUCGACAGAGGAGUCUGGUGCUGAUUCUGCUGAGUCUGUUGUUGCACAGGUCAACAGAUUGGCUAUGGAGAUUCGUCAACUUGCUUCAGCACGUUCAAUUACUGUCGUGAAUGGUGGCUCAGGGGAAGGAAAUGUGACAACGUUAUUGGUGCCAGCUGCAACAUUGGGGGCCUUAGGCUAUGGCUAUAUGUGGUGGAAGGGCCUCUCGUUCUCUGAUCUUAUGUACGUGACUAAGCGGAACAUGGCGAAUGCUGUUUCAGGCAUGACAAAACAUCUGGAGCAAGUUUCAAGUGCUCUUGCUGCAACCAAGAGGCAUUUAACGCAGCGGAUUGAGGGCCUAGAUGGAAAAUUGAAUGAACAGAAUUUAAUAUCAACCGAAAUUAGAGAUGAGGUAACACAGGUUCGUGGAAAGAUUGAGAAUAUUGGCUUUGACUUGAGCUCUCUUCAACAAAUUGUUUAUGGCAUGGAUGGCAAGAUGAGUAUAAUUGAAAAGAAGCAGGCCUUUCUAUGUGCUGGUAUUCUACACCUCUGUAAUAUUUUUCCAGAUAAAGAUGGAAAAAUGCGGGAGCUUUUGCAGGAUGGGCCAAAGCGUUCUAAUUUGCGUGGUUACCUAGGACCUGCAGAAGAAUCUCGAGAUUUAAAGGGCCUAAAACAUAUUUUAGAAGCUCUUAACUCAGAAAGCCUGGAUAGCGCCAAUUUGGAGGGGUUAUUACCAAAUAAUUCUGAUUCAUUGGAGACUGUAAAGGAUUUGUCGAGGACACCUCCGAUUAAGGGUUGAACGAGGCUCUGUAUGAAAAGAUUGUCAUAAACCCCAGAAAUAUGUCUUUCUUUCUUCUUAUUGCAUAUAUUAGAGGAUAAUACUGAACCAGAUCUGUGAACUUUGCAAAUCUGUGCUGUGAAAAGAAGAAGAAAAAGACCUUCUACAGUUCAGAAGAGUUUGUUUUAAUUUGUUUCAGAAUAUUUAUGUGGCUCUGAAUUCACUCUAUUUUGUACUUAUUCCCUCUUGUUGAUGCCAUGUUAUUGAUUAAAUAAGGCUUGGAACCUUUUAUAUAUAUAAAUUUUUUUAAUAUUAUUUAUCA